ACCCAGAGAAGCACUCUGAUGAACUCCAAGAGGUUCUGCUGUGAGUGAGGAGGUCGCCGCAUCCAGAUUGUGGCUUCGUCUCCAGGCGGGCCUCGCGUAAUCCGCCACGUGUCUCACUGCUAAAAUCUCCGCUGAUCGCACUGCCUCACAAGUUUGAUCAAAAUUCGCGUUUUUGCGACGCGCCUUUGCGCCAUCGGAGCCUCGUUCACGCGACAUUUUUUAAGGCGAUCGCCUUUCCGGCUGUUUUACGAUUGUCUGAGCUCCUUCCGUUCAGGCGUUCUCUCCGCUGUCCCCCUUAGUCGUCAUUCUCGUCAGCUGAGGACUUCGAGGACCAAUCAUCUUGAAAUUGGUUCGAAAUGCGGUACCCGCCCCAAGCAGCGCGCGAUUCCCAUCGUCGCUAGUAUGAUAAAUACCUCUUUAUCGGUUUAUAUCGGCGCAGCGCGUUGCAGUCUCCGUCAUCCGGCACUUCAAGCCAAGGACUAAUCCACCAUCCGCAUCGUCUGUGCAUUCUAAGUAUUCUCACACAGCACGGCCUCUCAAGGCCGCCGUACACCGCUAGGGCUUCCACCACCCCGCCCCGCUCGCCCGUCCACCCUCCCGCCAUCCGACCGUCCACCUCCCAUCCAUCCGACCGUCCGUCCGCGCAUCAACCCCCAGCGCGCGUCCCCCGCGCGAAGAUGGCGGAGUCGAGCAGCAGUGGCGGUGGCAGCGAGUGGCAGCGCGCGCAGCAGGGCGUGCGCGUGAGCGUGGACCUGGUGGCGGCGGCGCAGCAGCAGCUGCGCCUGCUGCACGCCGUCGACUGCUGCGCGGGGCUCUACUCCGGCCCCGCCGUGCGCCGCGCCAUCCGCAGAUACGAGCGCUGCUGGCUCCCACUCCUGGACGAGCUGCAAGGGGGAAGGCAGUUAGCAGGGGCAAGCAGCAGCAGCAAUAGCAAUAGGAGUGGAGAGGCGGAGCUGCCGUCGUUUCUCGUGCCGCCGCUAGACGUGCACUGGAUAUGGCUCUGCCAUCGACUCGCCCCUGACGCCUAUGCGCGUGACUGCACAGCAAUGUUCUCUAGGGUCCUCAACUGCCCUCUCCCUCUCCUCGACCCCUCCGCCGCCGCCGCCUCGUCCUCCUUCUCGUCCUCCUUCUCCUCCACCACCCCCUCCUCCCUACACUCCCCCCACUCUCCCUCCACACUCUCCCCCUCCUCCUCUUCCGCGCACUCGCACCCGUUCCUCCUGCCGUCGGACCAGCAGCAGAUGGAAGCAGUGGCUGUGAGUCGCCGCAUUUGGAACGAGCGGUGGCCUGGGGACCCCUACGACCUGCAUUUCUUCCAGAAGAGCGGCAAUGCUGCUGCCGGCGCUGCUGCGUCGCUGGCCUCACUGCACCUCCCGCCCAGCCUGCUCGGAUCCUCUAGCUUCCGCUCCUUGGCUUCCCCACCCCUCCCUGCUUCUCCUGGUGCUGCUGCGGGCCCUGGUGGUUCAGAGAGCAGGGGGGACGACGAAGCGGCGAGAGCAGAGACAGCGUCAGUGCAGGAGAGGAUUUCGUACGAUCUGGAAGCAGCGGUGGCGCGGCAGGCGCAGUUUUUCCACCAGAUAGCGCGGCCACACAUGCAGGACGCCAAGUACCUGCUGGGAGCUGUGGAGCGCUACAAGGCAUUCCUCUGGCUCGCCAAACACAAGCUCCCUGCUGCUCACGACAACGCUGCUGCUGCUGCUGCUGGUGCUGCGGACGCUUCUUCUGCUGGUGGUGGUGGUGGCAGUGGUGCGAGCGGCAUGUUUGUCCCUGCUCUGGACAUUGACUUUGUGUGGCACGCGCACCAACUCGCUCCUCUGGCCUAUGCCCAUGACUGCAACGCCCUUCUUGGCCGCCUGCUCUCCCACCAUGACUCCCUCCCAGACCACCAUGAGCCACCCACCACAUCCGACACCCCCCCCUCCUCCUCAUCCCUCUCUUCCGCCCUCCAAUCCACAGCCGCCACGUGGCUGCAAUUCUACGGCCGUCCCUACGCACGAGCAGGCACCAUCCGGAAAGACCCCCCUCCUCCUCCAUUCCCGUUCCCCCCUCCCCUGAAAUCCAAAUCCGUGGGAGGAGGAGGAGGAGCGGGAGGGAGCGGGUCGGGAAGCAUAGCAAGUGGGGCGAGCAGCGGGCCGGGGAGCCUCAUCCCCUCAGGAAGCAGCUCCCGAGGCACGUCCAAGAUAACCUCUCCUGUAUCCUCGCCAGGAGCAUCCCCCAUACAAGACAUGCGGGGCGACCUGCGUGGGGGCAUCCCCCCCCGGCACGUGUUUGACGCGUGCCUCUCCCUUCUUUCCGUCUCCUCCCUCCCUUCAUCCCUCAAAGGCGACCUCUCUCUCCAAAUCUCCUCCCUCUCUGCCUGCCCCUCCCUCCGCCUCCGCUCCCUCAAACUCCCACUUCCUCUCUCCUCCUCCCCCUCCCCCUCCUCCUCCUCCCCGUCCGCGUCCACCCCCGCUCUCCCCCCAAACGAGCACCCGUGGCCCAACAACCCCACGUGGUGGUUAACCCUAGAUGCAGAGACCAAGGGCGUGGUGCUGCAAUUGUUUCUGGAGCCCCCCAAGGGGCGGCUGUCGGGCAUAGCGGGCAUGGCGGGGAUGACGGGCGCGCACAAGGCGAGGAGUCUGGGCGAGGCCACGGUGCUGUGGGGGGACGUGUUUGCUGCCAGGGACCUCACGUGGCACGGGACAGUGGCUCUGGCGUUGGGGGCUGCAGGGAGUGGGAAGGGUGCCCCUGACCAUCCCCACGUGCGCAUUCAUGUCACCGUCACACCGCCUCAGCCGGCCCCUGCGCUGCUGCUGCUGCACCCAGCAGUGGGCACGGACGACAGCGGGCUGCAGCUGACAGCAGCGGCAGUGGCGGCGCUGAAGCAGCAGCAGGAGGGGCGGUGGAUGGCGCGCACCGUGCUGGACCACACUCUCGCCGAGCGCUUCGUGCUGCGCAUCCGGGUGGCCAAGGGGCACGGGUCACAGCAGGUGGAGGUACCAGCGGAGUCCAAGCGAGUGCUGCUGCAUCGGGGAGGCUGGUCGCCCUCUCCUAAGGUUAAGGGCGGGCUCGUCGCUGCUGGCGAGCGUGUGGACGAGGUGUGUCAGCUCAAGUCACACCAUAUGGCGUCUCAGCGCACCUGGAUGGCCUACUCCGGCUGGACGCUCCAAGUCACCCUGCGCCAUCCCCACCUCCCCUCCUCCUCCUCCCUCCCCUCCACCGUCUCCUUCCCCUCCUCUUCCUCCCUUUCCUCCUCCUCCUCCUCCUCCUCCGCCUCUUCGUCCUUGCCCUUUCCCGGCCUUAGAUUCCAAGUAGCCAAGAUGCCAGGCCCACCGAUGGCACUUGCUCCCGGCCGCCGGCUCGCCUACUAUCGCUCUCCCUCCUCCCUCUCCUCCCUCCCCUCCUCCUCCUCCGCCUCCGCGCUCCUGCGCUCGUCCAGCACCGCUGCAGCAGCAGCAGCGGCAGCGCAUGGCAGCAGGGGGAGGGCCAGAGCGGACGGGGCGUGCAUGGGGGGCGAGGGGGAGGAUGGGGAGGACGCAGAGGGCGAGGAGGCGGGGUAUGUGACGGUGGUGCGGUAUCCAGAGGACUGCCCUGGGGGCGUAGCCACCGCGCUCUUUAACUGGCGCACAGGGGGGAUAGAGGUGCAGCCGCACGAGCGGUUGGAUGUGGUGGUGCUGAUGGCGGUGGCCGUGGCACAGUCAUGGCACGACCUGCACCUUGCUGCCAGCACUUCUGCUGUUGCCAAGAAGAAAGCUGCCACUCCUGUUAAGAGCACGCCCUCUAAGAUCACGCCGUCCAAGCUGCCGCGGCACGCUGCCUCUGUGGGCAAGGAUGACCGAUGGGGUUCGGUGGUUGUUAAUCCCUCUCCCGCCGGCGCCAUGUCAGCGGACCCGCCUCUCUACGAUUGGUUCAUGUCACGCAUGCUGAUGUGGCACGACUCGCCGCUCUAUAAUGCUAGUGAUGUAGGUGGCUCCUGUGCUGCGCUUCUCGGGGGCAGUGCGUGUGGAGCAAUGUGAGUAAGUACACUAGUUUCGCGUGGAUGGGACUGUCUAGUUUAGAUGGAGAUGCAGAAGAUUGGACGUCACUGGUUGGUAUAAUAAAAAGUACCUAUGUGUUGAGAUAUUACUCCGGACGUAAUGUAAAAUGGAC